UCGUGGCUGGCUGCUCCGCGCCGUCGGCCGUCAGUUCGCCAGCAGCUCGCGGCGCAGAGCCUAGACAUGGACGUCGACAAUGACCUGGAGCAGCUCAUGGCGCACCUGGGGGAGUUUGGGCCCUACCAGAUGCGCCAGUUCGCACUACACAUAAUGGCCGCAUUCACAGCCGGCAUGCACAUGCUGUCACUGGUAACCGUCGCCGCAGUACCGGAUCACAGGUGUGCAAUUCCCGGAGUUGACGUGAAUCACAGUGUAGCUCCUUGGAACACAAGUGAGCUGACAUUCCAUAUACCGCGUGGAAAGGACGGUCUCGAUUCCUGCCGUAUAAUAGACCACUCGACGAACCAAUCAAUCAAGUGUGACUCUUGGGUGUUUGAUAAUACGUAUUACGAAUCGAGCAAAGCAAUAGAGUGGAAUUUUGUUUGUGACCGCCGAUGGAUGGGAGCUGUUGCACAAUCUGCGUACAUGUUCGGUGUUUUUACUGGCGCUGUUGUGCUGGGGAGCCUCGCUGACAAGUUUGGACGAAAGACUAUAUUUUACCUCUCAGCAGUAAUGCAGCUUCUUCUUGGUGUUGGAGUGGCAUUUAUACCUGAAUACUAUACAUUCCUAGUAAUAAGAUUCCUGUAUGGAGUUUUUGGAUCUGCAGGUUCCUACAUCACAGGAUUUGUAAUGACAAUGGAAAUAGUUGGCCCAUCAAAAAGAACCAUCUGUGGGGUAACAUUCCAAGCCAUGUUUGCUGUUGGUGUUAUGAUGGUUGCAUUUUGGGGAUAUUUUAUAAAAGACAGCACACUGCUUCAAGUUAUAUAUGGACUACACAGUACAAUUCUCAUUGCACACUGGUGGCUUAUUGAUGAAUCGCCUCGCUGGUUAUGGGCUCAAGGGCGAGUCACUGAAGCAGUGAAGAUCGUUGAUCGUGGUGCACAAGUCAAUAGCAACUCAGAAAAAGUGGAUAUAGCACACUUCGUUUCUAAAGGUGCACUGUCUGCACAGAAGCAAGAAACUGUUGCAUAUAGCCUAUUAGAUUUGUUCAAAACGCCAAAUCUCAGAAAUAAAACACUCAAUGUUUGUCUCAACUGGUUUGCUAAUAGCCUGGCAUACUAUGGUUUGUCCCUGAACACAGGGAAUCUUGCAGGAAAUCCAUAUUUAAUUUUAUUCAUUCUUGGGUUGGUAGAAAUACCCAGUUAUAUCAUGACUAUUUUGUUGAUGGACCGUACUGGAAGACGUUCGCUUAUAAGCUCACUGAUGCUGCUGGGUGGGAUAUGCUGUAUCAUAGCAUGCUACAUUCCACAAGAGACAGCAACAGGAAGUGUUUCUGCAGUUACAGUAGUUAUGCUUGGAAAGUUUUUCAUAGCAGGAUCAUUUGCUAUCAUCUACAACUAUACAGCAGAACUUUUUCCCACAGUAGUGCGCAAUACAGCAUUGGGUGUUGGCAGUAUGUGUGCACGUCUCAGUGGUGCUUUGACACCUCUAAUCACACUUCUGGACUCCUUUGAUAAAAAGCUACCUUCUGUCAUCUUUGCCACAAUUGCCAUUGCUUCAGGCUUAUUAUCACUUUUACUCCCAGAAACACUGAAUAAACCAAUGCCUCAAACUUUAGAAGAUGGUGAGAAAUUUGGGGAAGGAGACACAGCAUGUACAAGUUGUUUUGGAAGAAGCAAAGAAAAAUAUGAAGUUCCUCUGGCUAGCAUGGAAUGAAUGGUAUUUCAUUUCACAAACCUUGUUCAAAGUGUGAAUGAAAAUAAAGUACAAAUAUUUUCAGUUGAAAUACUUUCUGUCCUGAACAAAUGUGUGGAUUAUCUUUAUUAGUUAAUCAAUAGCAGUGAAUGAAAUACAAAGAAGUAUUAAACUUUUGUCUCUGAAAUUAGUGUGCCCAUAAGGGAAAAUAAUAUUAUAUGUACUGUGACCUCUUAACUUUUUGUUUUCAACUAAAUAUUUUAUAGACUAGCAAUCAUAUACACUAGAAAUUGGUCCACAGAAAGGACUGUGUGGAAGGUGAAUAUCAUAGCACAAGGCAGUUUCUUACGGGUUCAGUUUGUGUUUCUUUUCUGUUGAUAGACUGUGAAAAACAUGUAAAUAACUAUGAAAGGAAGAUUUUGUAUGUCAAUAAACCAUCUGUUGCAGCUGGUUUUAUAACAUAUUGGAAAUGUUAAGAAAACUGUCAACCACAAUACCCACAAGAAAGACACUAGAAAACAGAGGCUUAUGGGGAAACAAGAAUGGUUUAUGCAUAAUCCACAGAAUAUAUUACAUCAAAAGGUAUAAUUGUAAUCAGUUCUUAAUGUUAACUGUCAACAAAAGUUGUAAAGCAACAUAAUCAGAUCUAAUUAAGUAUGAGUCAGUGCACUAUGUUUGCUUCGUACUGGAGGCAGUUACAUCUUACAUAAAUAUGAAUCUGCUACUAAUUGCCCCAAAAUUUAAUUUCACUCUUUGAGCUACCCAUUGCUCCAAUACUGUCUACUGCCAUAUAAUCUCAGCAGUUUUAUUUUCAUCAAGGCAAGGAUUAUCUUUUGUAUCAUGAUGCAGGAAAAAGUCAUGAUGUAUACAGUCUCAUGUGCCUAGUCAGCACACUCAGAAGCACAGUGAAAGAUACCCAAUUGCAGAUGUGGCGCAUGUUAAAUAAUGUGCAACUAAUGACUUAUUUCAGUAUGUUUCAAAUUCUGCAUCUGGAAAUCCUCUUUCUUUAUUAUUAUUUUUAACUUUACUCUCAGUGGUACAGUGUGGCAUACCACAUUGUUAAAAUUGACAUAUUUAUUUUGAAUCACAGUGUAAAAUAUGUUAUACCCUGAUUGCCAUGAGCACAAAAGAACCUAAUACACAUGAUUUAUUUAAGAUCAUGUGAUUGCGAUACUGUGAAAAUGAUAUUACAUAAAUUCAAAUCAAUACUUUCCAUAAUGUAGUAAAAUAAUUAUCCUUCUGUGCGUUUAAUAUGAUCAUGAUAACUAAAAGUAUCACAGUAUUUGAAACGGCUUAGAAAUAAGUAUUGACCCUUGGUAUUACCUAUUUACUUUUACAUUUAUACAUUAAGAAUAUUGUGAUAUUUAAAAUGACUUUGAAGUAAGGAUUAAGCUUUUAGCUUUCGAUUAAGUUUCGUUUAUUAUGUAGUUCUUAUGAUCUAGUUUCUGAAAUUCAAUAAAGUAUGUGUUAUUAGUUUAUGUCUUAUAAAAGACAUGAUGUUGGCCUAAUUCUCUAGAAACCAAAGAGUGCUCUAUGCCUUAUAUGGUACCAUUCAUUAGAUAAUAUAGCUGGAA